AAACAGAUCCCUAAAGAAGUGGCUGACAUCUUUAACGCCCCCAGUGAUGAUGAAGAGUUUGUCGGUUUCCGAGAUGAUGUUCCCAUGGAAACCCUGUCAUCAGAGGAGAGCUGCUAUAGUUUUGACUCACUGGAGUCAGGGAAGCAGCAGGAUGUGCGUUUCCAGUCCAAAACCUUCACAGAAGAGCUAAGGAGAAUUUUUAGAGAGGACAGUGACUCAGAGACGGAAGAUUUUGAAGGAUUCACGCAGAGUGAUCUGAAUGUUAACAGUAACGCAGAAGUAAUGCUCGUGGAGUCAGAGCUCAGUGAUGAUGGUAAAGCAUCUUUCAUGAGUGAGGAAGAGGAAGAUGAGGAAGAAAAGGCUCCACCUAGAAGCAGCAGGCCGAGAAGAAGCAGUAUUGGUCUUCGAGUAGCCUUUCAGUUCCCCACCAAGAAACCGGCAAAAAAUGCCGGUAAGAACAGUUCUCCUGAGCCGUUGUUUUCUGGCUCGCACAUACAGGACAGUAAGAAUGGAAUUCUCGGAAGAAAGACAAGCUGCAGACAGAGGAAGGAAAGGGAAGAUUCUGCCUCUGAGUCUGAGGAUGACUCCAGGGACGAGGGCCAGGAGAGCUCAGAUGCCCUGCUGAAAAGGACCAUGAACAUCGAGGAGAACAAAGCCAUGCUUGCUCAGUUAUUGGCGGAAUUGAACUCAAUGCCAGAUUUCUUCCCGCUCCGAACCCCGAACUCAGCUUCUUCCAAGAAAGCAGUGAGGCGGGCCUUCUCAGAGGGACAGAUCACACGGCGCACCAACCCGGCUCGGAGCGCACGGCCUCCCGAGAAGUUCGCCCUGGAGAACUUCACCGUGUCGGCCGCCAAGUUCGCAGAAGAGUUCUACAGUUUCAGAAGAAGGAAGACAACAAGCGGGGGGAGAUGCCAGGGAUAUCGACGACGUCGCCGUGUGUCUUCUUUUCGGCCAGUGGAGGACAUCACUGAAGAGGACUUGGAGAACGUGGCCAUAACUGUUCGAGAUAAAAUCUAUGAUAAAGUUCUGGGUAACACUUGCCACCAGUGUCGGCAGAAGACUAUUGACACCAAGACGGUGUGUCGGAACCAGAGCUGCGGCGGGGUGCGAGGACAGUUUUGUGGGCCUUGCCUGCGGAAUCGCUACGGGGAGGACGUGAGAUCGGCGCUGCUGGACCCGGGUUGGGUGUGUCCUCCCUGCCGGGGCAUCUGCAACUGCAGUUACUGUCGGAAGCGUGAUGGUCGCUGUGCCACAGGCAUCCUCAUUCAUCUGGCCAAGUUUUACGGUUAUAAUAACGUUAAGGAAUAUCUGGAGAGCUUACAAAAGCAGCUGGUAAAAGACAACUAA